AUGAAUGCAUCAGGAGUUCUCUUCUCAUUCUAGAUUUAUGACACAAUGCCACUCGUGAGGCGCUUGCCCCUGCCUUUCCAGAAGGCCUUCAAAAACAUGCGUGAUCUAGAAGCUUCGACUUUGGCAAAGGUGACCGAACACAAGAAGACGCGUGUCCCAGGACAGCCAAGAGACCUCAUUGACUGCUACCUUGAUGAGAUAGACAAGAGAGGGAGUGACGACUCUUCCUUUGACGAUGAGUUUAUGGUCGCCCUCCUGUUGGACCUUUUUAUAGCCGGAACCGACACCAGCUCCACGACUAUCCGGGCGGGCCUGCUGUAUCUCAUGUUGCACCAAGAUGUUCAAG